CAGCAGAUGAAUUAUAUUAAAUCCUGACCGAUGAGUGUGUACUAACAACAUCAGCCGUGCAGUCCCAGCAUGAAAUCCGCCGACAAGGCUGCGCAGAGUCUACCACCCCGCCAACGCGGCUGUGGCGUUCCUCCAGCAACAAAACCUCCGCAAACAACUCUCCGAAUUCACCGACCGCCACAGCCUCACCUCCGCCUUGCAGCAUUUCAACAUCAAAUAAAAGACAUUCCCACGGUUGCAAACUCGGCACGUUCCAUGGAAACUCCCCAUCAGCCUCCUUGACACCACUUUAUCCGGUGGGCAAAACAUGCCGCGAAUCGACCACUACUCCCACCACGACGACCCGGCGCUCUACUUCCAACGCCUGCAAUCCUACUCGUCGUCCAAACCGAGUUUCUCUCGCCCCAGCUCGUUGGCGCCAUGGUCUCACUCUGGCGUGAGCAAGGCUUCCGAGAGUGAUGUCGAGUCUGCGAGUUCUCGCGGCCGGACGGAGUCGGCGGUUAGUGUGGAGAGUGCUUCGUACCUCGACUCUGAAGCCGAUUCCGUGUAUGCGGAGAAGGCUGCGUGGAGGGCACAGUCAGAGGGGUCGCGACGUCGUCACACGUUUGGAGAUUCAGAGAAGGAGGGCUGGAGUCGGAGACGGAAAGUUGUCAUUUGCUCCAUUGCUGCCCUCGUCCUCAUCUUGAUCAUCGUCAUCCCCGUUGUCGUCCACGAGCAACAAACCGCCUUUCACUACACCCCCUCCUCCGCGCAAGUGACCAACGCAACCGCUUUCACAACCGGCGGCGCAACUCACAACAGCGCAAACGACAUGCAAGACGGCAUCGGCGCCGGCCAAGACAAAUACACCUACUACAGCGGGCCCGCCUCCUCCUUCCCCCCGGCCACAACCUGGAUCUCCUUCGAAAACAUGUGGACUUCCAAUCUCCCGAGCAUGCAAACAUCGUGCUCCGCCCUGCACGCAGGGCAAGACAACACCAUCGCCCAGAUAGCAGACAUCUACACCGCGAUUCAGAGCCGCGCGAACGCCUCGCUCGUCGACCACCGCUUCAUCCUCGCCAUCGUGCUGCAAGAAUCCCACGGCUGCGUGCACGUGCCCACCACGCACUCCUCCACCGGCGUCCCAAAUCCAGGCCUCAUGCAGUCGCACGCGGGCUCGUCUUUCUCCCCUGCCCACCAGGCGGAGUCCAUCCUAGCGAUGGUGCAGGACGGCACGCAGGGGACGCCGAGCGGCGCGGGCCUCGUGCAGAAUUUGAAUCUGUACGGCGAUCCGUACGUGGCGGCGCGCGGGUAUAAUAGCGGGUAUAUGGCUGCCAGCGGGGAUUUGAGCGACGCGGCGGGCGCGACGGCGUGUUAUGUUAGUGAUGUUGCGAAUCGGUUGACGGGGUGGGUGGAUGCGCCGUCGACGUGUCCGGGGGAUGAAAGCAGCUGAAUGGGGGGGGGGG